CUCCAUUCACACUUAUAUUUUAAUUGAUGCUUUCAAACACACCUACACAUUUUUUUCCCUCAAAUUUUAACAUUUUCCCGCAUUGAGGCCCAACAAAUGCAACCGUCCAGACGGCCCAUUUAGCCAAAAUUUGGCGGGAAGACCGGGUCUCCACCCGGCGGGAAAGAGAAGGUACAUAUCGGCAGAUUAGCGCGGAAGCCGCAAAAAGCAUUUCUAAGAAACCCUAGUGACAGUGAAAGAGACGAUGGUGGGGAGACCGUACGAUUGUCUUGCAAAUCCGCUAGGGGCCGUCAGAUUGACGUUCGACAAGGCCGUGGCUUCUGGUUCUGAUCCGGCUACAUUCGACGGCAGGGAUUGGGGGGCCACUGAACUUUUCCGGCAGUUCCUAUUUGACGAUGGCGGUCUUUCACAGGUACCUGUGCUUAAUCCCAGGACAAUCAAAAGUCUCCAACCCAACACUCUUGUUCGAUUCCGGGGAAUGAUUCAAGACAUGCUUGGCAAUGAAUUUUAUGCUGGAGUCUAUAAAGACGGGGAAACAUGGAGGACCAAUAAAUUUGCUGAUAUUUCUCAAUACCCAAUGGGAGAUUCACCUGAGAUGAGAGUCUGGGAGCGCCGCCUGCUUUACUGUGUUCCUGUACCGGGGCAGAAUAGCUGGACUGAGCCAUCAGAAGUUGUAUUGGGUCCAAUGAAAAAUCAUGCUUGUACAUAUUUACAAAGGGAGAAACGUCAGAGAGAGGAUGAUGCAAUAAUGAACGAUGUGAAUAUGGAAGCCAUAGAUGAGUUGCAUAGUUCCCCAUCUGCCAAAAAGAUGAGAGAGGAUGGAAAUGCUUCCACAUCCACAGAUUCUGGAGAGUCCCUAGACAAAGCUAUCUGCACUACAAUGAAUACAGCUGUGGAUUGUGAAACAACAUGUCCAUGCCUAGUGAAGAUAUAUGACUCACCUGAGUCUGAUUUAAAGUUGAAUGAUGUUUUUGAGUUCAUUGGCGUCCUCACUUAUGAUCCAGAUUCUCCUAAUGAAAAGGAAGAUAGCAGUGUUGAAAGCAGUUUGUGUGAGGACGAAUUGUUUGAAUUGCCACCUAGGAAGGUUCCUAGACUACAUUGCUUUGUUUACCAGAAAUUGGGGGUUCAAGAUUUUCUUUCAAAUUUCUUCACGCCUGAGGUAAAUUCUCAAAUGCUUAGAGGGAUAAGAGAAGCUCUGCUGGGGUAUCUUACUUCCAUCCUUGGAAAUGAUAGAGUUGCAGCUGAAUUCAUGCUUCUACAUCUUUUGUCUCGGGUUAAUAGUAGAGCAGAUUCAAUGGCAGUAGGAAAGCUUUCGUUGAAUCUCACAUGUUUUAGCAAGGAAACUACAUCUGUGUUUGGUCACAGACUCAACCUUGCCAUAGAGAAUCUCAUACCAUACUCUCAGUCUAUACCUCUCACUAUAGAUUAUCUUAACACGGCUCUUCUUGCACCUAGGAAAGAUUAUCAAACAAAUAGAUUGAUUACUGGAGUUCUGCAAUUUGCUGAUGGAACUCAUUUGACAAUUGAUGAGACACAACUUCAAGCUGGAAACCUUAACUCAACGGGGGUUGAGAAUACCCAGCUGCUGAAGAACUUGCUCGAUAUGCAAAAGGUGGCAUAUGAUUUCACCUUUUACAAAAUGGAGAUGCCCGCAGACAUCCAAUUGCUAAUUCUUUCGGAGGGAAAGUCGAACAUACUGCCUGCUGAUGUAGUUUUGCCUUUCUGUCCGUGCUCAGUAAAUCCCCACGUAGAUGUUGAAGCAAGCACACUCAAUGUUUGGCGUUGGUAUUUGGGAACAAUGAGAUCCUUGUCACAUAAAAUCACCCCAGAAAUGCAAAAGGUGCUGGAAGAUGACCUGGUUUCUGCAAGGCAAGCUGACCGGAGCCUGGGCAGCCAAGAAUUCAGUAGAUUGUUGACAAUGGGACGUUUGGAAUCAAUAAGUUUUGGUGAAAGCUGCUUGUCCAUGGAGCAUUGGGAAAUGGUCAAGGAGUUGGAGAAACUCAGGAAACAGAGGCUUAAUUGAUUGAGUCAUGUAAAAGCAAUUUGUUGUAUUUUAUUUCAUUUUUAAACAAUCACAUUUCAUUUGGUUGAAUUUCAAAUUAUUCACCAAAUUAUUUUAUUCCAAUUAUCAAAUCACAAAUUUACCAAAUAGUAUGGGAUUUGUUGUUGAAUCGAAAUUUUAUCAAACUCUAUUGCAAAAUAAAGGGAGUAGUAGCCAAUAAUUAGAUGAUGAGAAAGGAUAAAAUUCAAAAGGUACCCACUUGUUGAGGAAGAUGUGUUAAAAUGGAGUACUUUAAUAAAGCUAUUUAAGUUUU